GCCGCCGUUACCGAGCGAGGAGAGUAAGCGGCGGCCAUGGCGGAGCGGCCAUCGCCGUGCCCCGAAGAGACGGCCCGGGACCACACUCCGGAUCAGCCGAACGCUGGAAAGUUGCCUCCCGCCGGCAACACGGUUGCGAGUUGUCUCAAAGAGGUGUUACGCAGGCCUGUUACUCCGACCGUUGUUCGAAAGUUUCGAAAUACAACAGAUCCAGCUCCUGGUGCUAAAAUAAUAUUCUAUGGCAGAGCAGAUGAUCCUGAUGUUGCAACUCACUUGACACAUGGCAUAAAGUCAAGCUCCAAACUCACUGUAGCUUCAUUGAUAAGUCCAGUUGUUAAAAGUGAAUUUCAAGAAAAGAUGCAAGACAUGAAAGAAGCUAUUUACUCCAGCAAUCGUGAAGCACCUUUGGGUAGAUCACAUGAUCAAUCUUCUAAGUUACCUGAGGGCUUGGAUAUAAUUAAUACUACAUUUGGAAUAAAAGUCUUCAAAGAUAUAACAGCUGGAGAGGUUGUAAAUCCACCAAAAACCUUUGAGGAAGUGGAAAAAGAAGCGAGAGAAGGACACGAUUUGUACGUUCUGUCACAUGAGGAUUAUUAUGUGGGGGAACCAGUCAAUAGGAAGUAUAACUCACACUUCGACAAGUCUUUUGUUUAUGGGAUGGAAACCCCUCACUAUGAAGAUGGGCGAAAUACAGCCAAGACCUUAAAUUGGGUCUUGGACCUGGAUUCGAAGAGAGCACCACACCUUGUGUCAAAACGAAGUGAUGAUUUCAAGGAAAAAUACCAGCCUCUGGUUGGAAAAGUUUUUGAUCCUAUAGCAGAAACUAUGAAUGUUCCCCCAGGCCAUACGUUUGGAUUGGUGAUCCCUCCAGAUGAAUAUGACGUUCAUGAUCUUCUUCACGUCCGGGUUCCAUGUGAGUUCCUCUGUGGGAAGGACAGAGAAAGAGUUAUCUUGAUUGCAGUGCGGCAGAGUCUGAAGAAAGCUAACUAUGAGAAUUUUGAUGUGCUAUUAGAAGCAUUAAAACAUUUUGAUAAGAAUGGUGAUGGAGUCAUACACAAGGACAACCUACAAAGGAUCUUUUUUCAGCUGAAUGUGAAUCUCGAUGAUGAGCUCCUGGAUUCCUUAUUUGACUGCUGUGAUUUGGAUAAGGAUGGUCUGAUUAAUUACCGGGACUUUGCAAACUUUCUGAACUGGAAAGAUAAAAUAGGGGUUAAAGAGUUUGAAGAAAAAAUAAUUAGAAAAGGGAAAAAAUUAGAGGCCUAUCUUCCCAAAGACACAAAGAAGGAGGAUGAACCACUGCCGAAACAGGAAGAUCUUGAGUUAAAAGAACCAGGAAGCUCAGAAAAGAUGCCAAAACCACUUGCAAGAUCAACAGACCGUGUAUAUACAAAUUAUAGAACAACAUCUUCUCAGUAUAAUGCUGUAGUAGGUGGUAUCCCAACAUCCUGUUAUCCAUUGUGUGGUGUUCCAACUAUUCGUUCAGAUAUUCCUGCUCCUCGAAUUCGCCGCCUUGCUGACAUCGCUAAUUAUGGUGACCAGGGCAAUAGUUUUGCAAUAUUGUUCCCUUCUGUCUUCAGUCAAAAGGGAGUGUAUGAAAAAGAUCUUUUAAAAAAGAGACCAAAGGCGGAGAUUAAACAAGUUCUCCACAAUAUGGGCAUGAAUGUUGCAGAUGAAAGGUUUGAAGAAAUAUGGAAGCAAGUUUGUACAAAACAUGAGAUAAAAGAGCUUUGUGAUUGUGAAGAAAGUAUGUGGAAUAUACUGAAUAAGAUACAUGAAUCACACAUAAAAUUCUAGUCUCUGAUUCUAG